CACCCUGUAAAAAUAAGUAUAUAUAUUUGCGAUUGUACAGCUUUGGAAAUGAAUUCGCCGAAAAGAGAACUCUUCGCUGAACUAAUCUUUCUUUCUUAUUUAAUGUCAUAAUGGGUGUAUUCCGUUUAUUAAAAACUUGUGAAUUAGCAAGAUGUUAGGACUACGGUAAACUAAAGGAUUGGUGUGGUGUUUGUGUGAAAUAAUGAUUCCUUUGUGAUUGUCGGAUGCUUGAUUUUGAAUUCCAAAUGCAGUACAUUCGUUCGCGCUUCUUUAGUACUUCUUGAUCCAAUUGCGUCAUUUCUGGGAUACCUAGUUUGUAUUAUAAUUCAAUCACUUCUAAUUAUCAUAAUUGGAUGUACCACUUUUGAAUUCAAAGAUCACAUUUGAUUUAAUGGACAAAAGUAAGUAUAAUCAUUUUUAAUUUCGUCCAUCGUGAUCUAACUGAGGAUAUACUUCGAUCAUUUUGUGGUAUUUACUUUGUUCGUUUUAGUUGAUUAUAGGCAAUUGUUAGUUUCUUUGAAUACUUUCCCUUGAAAACCUUUACUAACAAGAAUUACCUUUAUUGAAGAUUACAUUUCGUCUCAAUUUCAGCAUUUUAUCUUAUUAUGCUGAACCUUCUUUUCUCAAUUAUAAUUUCCUUAUCUAUCUUUAUGAUGAAUAUUCAAACCCUUAACAAUAAAAUCAUUAUUGGUUUCCCUGACGAAAAUAACGUUUUAAGAACGUUGUUUAUUCUACUUCACUGUCACCAUGUUUAACAGAAUUUCAUUAUCACUGUUAUUAUAAUUAUUAUCAUCCUGAAAGAUAAAUAAGUAUUUGCGAUUGUACAUCUUGGAAAAUGAAUUCACCGAAAAAAGAACUCUUCACUGAAUUGAUUUUUCUUAUUUUAAAUAUGGGUCAAACAGGGUUUUCUGCCAACUACCUAAAAUCUAAUGGCAUCUUAACAUAAUGAACGGUAAUCUCGCGCCACUUGUAGCAGUACACACACUACAACCUAGUCGGUAGAAUUCGAUCACCAUUGAAGGGAUAGACAAGCCUGACGCUGAUCACUUCCCAAUGAUCAACCAACUGUACUGAUCAACAUCACAUUUGAAAUAUUAUUGAAAAAUUAGAAAAUGCUACAAAUAUUUUUCAUACCAGCAUUGGAAUCCUCUAACAAUGUUCAUCCAUAGCCCUAUGACAUAAACUAUGUACAAAUAAAACUACUGGAGAAUUUCAUACUAGAUGGAAGGAUUUCCGACAACUCGUUUUUUGCUAGUAAGUACCUCAAUCGAACUAAAUUCGUGACAGUUGAAUGAUACAUUUACCAAAGGGUAAUUUUCUAAACCUUUGAUUUUUACUUUGUUAUUUGUCGGUCGGGUAUCCAAGGUUGAGGUGUCUGUUCAUGUGGAAGGGGAAAUUUUUCCUGCUGUAAUUAAAAAAUAUCAAUUACAACAGACAAUGACAUCCAGGAGCUCUGGGUAAAGUCAACAAUGGCUAUCCAAACGAGACUGGGAGCGUAUAAUAUGGGAGCCACUGUGUCUAAGCGAAGAUUCAAGGAAUGCGCAAAAAUCGAGGGUAACUGUUAAGCGAAUGUGUUUAAAAUAAUAAUAGAAUAUUACUAUUCUCUACGAAUACUUAAGAACAUUACACGGCAAUAAAUAUAUGUCACAUACCAUUCUCAAAAGCUACUAGAAAUGAACUAGUUACUGAAUAUUAGUAAGUAGUAUAAGAUAGUGCGAAAAAGAGGAGACCAAAGACAGAGUAAACGAAUUUAACCAGCUGAAUCUGUGGAUACAUUGGUGUAGAAAUAUCAUAUUUAUGGAAAUAAGUAAGUUAGUAAUUGAAGCAGAUCAUUGCCAAUGAAUUAUAAAACUUAAUCUAUUGUUUGAUUGAAUUGCUUGAUGGAUAUAUAAUUCAUUUAUAGAAUAUUCGGCAUAACAGACCCACCACACCAAAUAAUUAGUCACUAAGGAUUAGUAAAUACCUCUCAAAGAAAUAUCCUGUCAACUCAAUCCGACACCAAAUACAAACGAACCUGACUAAUACCUUCGUAACAGUUAAUAAACCCCCAAAAUCAAUAGCACAGUAAGUCUUCGAUAUUUGAUGCUGACCACAUUAGUUUUGAUGAACUUGUGGAGAUAUGACUGACAAGCUUAUUUUGUAAAUAGUUUUCAAUGUUAUUUGUAUUUGUUUUGUCAAUUUUUCACUGUAUGUACAUUUAUCAUUAAAUGAAUGUACGUGUUGUUUUAGUCAAUGACCUUGAACACUCUUUCCUUUGUGAUUCCAACAUAGCGUGACAUAUUCUUUCUGGCUAACAAAUACAUUACUACUCACACAUCCCUCGUUCUAUUUUCAUUGGUGAUUGAGUUAGCUGAAUUCUAAAUCAAAUAUUAUCAUUAUUUAUAGACUGUAAUUGGAAUAUAUCACAUUCUACGUGGGAUUAUAUCACUAGAGAGUUCGCCAACCUGCUCAGAAUUAUCAAACAUUUAUAAUUGUGGAUUUACAUUACCGGACCUAAUCAGAACACGCAACGUUUGGUCAAUUUAAGUAACGUCCCUAAUUUGUUAUUGUAUUUGUAACAUUUAACUUGUAUAUAUCAAUAUUACUAUUGAUUGUUAUUAACUUUGUUGAUACCUUUUGCGUUUAUAUAUUGUCUGGUCCACCACAAUUAUUUUGGUGAGCCUCGAUUAUUUUUUUAUAGACAUUUACUAUAUAUAUCUACAUAACUUUUUUAUUAUUAUUAAUUGUCACGACACCAUUUUUUUUGUUUUUGACAUUAUGAACUCUCCUAAUAAACUUAUCGAUAUUGAUAGCCCAUCAACCAACCCCUUUCAUUCAUCACAGCCAGAAGAUAAUGUUUUAAACUCAAUCAACGCUAUUUCUGAACUAAGAUUACCAACAUACGGUGUCAACAACCCUAGAAUUUGGUUUGCUCAAGUAGAGGCACUAUUUUUGGCGAGGGGUAUACGUUCGCAAGCGACUAAAUAUGCCCACGUCGUCGGUGCACUACCUAUAGAAUUAGCAACGGAAGUUGGUGACCUGAUUGACAACGUACCAGAAACUGACCCUUAUGACAAAAUAAAAGCUGCUGUAAUCCAACGCACAUCGCUGUCAGACGAAAAACGUUUACAACAACUGCCUACCUCUUGCGAGCUAGGGGAUAAGAGACCUUCACAGUUACUCCGACACAUGCGACAGCUCGCCGGUCCAUACAAAUUAGACGAGACGCUGCUUAAGCAGAUGUGGUCACAAAGGUUACCUUAUAGCGUCAGACAAAUUCUCAGCGUAUCAGGAGCCUCUGUCAGUCUUGAUGAUUUAGCAGACAUGGCCGAUAAGAUGAUAGAAAUAUAUCCCGAUAGUCGGGGAAUUAACGCGGUACAAUCCUCUAGUAGAGACGCUAUGAACCCCCCUCUUGAAAUCCAACAACAAAUAACACAGUUAAGACAGCAGCUAGCAUCACUGCAGGCGACUGUUUCCACCAUCCAUUCUCGACCCCACAGAUCUACGUCCAGAAGGAGAUCAGUAUCCAGACAUCGUCUUAGGUCACCUAAGCGGGCAGCCGGAAUUUGUUGGUAUCAUUCGAAUUAUGGUGAGAAAGCACGUCGUUGCACAAAACCGUGCAACUUCACGACAAACAAGCCAGACCAUCAGGGAAACGAAGUGGCCAGACAGUAAUGGCGGCAGCUGUUACUGGCUAACAUGUUAGCCGCCUCUUCCACAUCAGGGAUCGUAUUUCUGGCUCAGACUUCUUAGUCGAUACUGGAGCAGAAAUCAGCAUCAUCCCACUCCAUCUCUCACGCAGACAACAUACGACAAGCACUAAAUUGUCCUUAGUAGCGGCUAAUGAACCAACUAUCAAAACGUACGGUGAGCAAUCACUUAUAUUAGAUCUCGGACUCCGCAGAAGAUUUACAUGGGUUUUCAUAGUUGCCCAUGUCAAACGACCCAUCCUCGGGGCCGAUUUCCUUAGUGCGUACAACUUGUUAGUAGAUAUGACUAAGAAGAGAUUGAUCGAUGCAAAUACACGUUUACAGGUAGAGGGUACACCUUCCAACGACUGUGAAAUCCAUGGUGUUCGAAUAAUGAAACCUGUGAACAACAUUUUCAACGACAUUCUCACAGAAUACCUGUGCAUUACGAAAUCAGAUUACCAAAAGGAAGGUAACCCACAGCUGGUGCAACACCAUAUCACUACCACCGGACCACCCAUUAGCGCCAGAGCGAGGAGAUUACCACCAACAAAGUUGCAGACAGCUAAGAGAGAAUUUGAACACAUGAUGCAACUUGGUAUCAUCAGACCAUCUAAUAGUCCUUGGGCCUCGCCGUUACACAUGGUACCAAAGAAAGACCAAGAUUGGCGUCCGUGUGGCGACUACCGCCGUCUGAAUAAUCAAACCAUCCCUGAUAGGUAUCCUAUCCCACAUAUACAUGACUUCUCGUUAAAUUUACAUGGUAAAUGCAUCUUCUCGAAACUUGACCUCGUGCGUGCAUACCAUCAAAUUCCGAUGGCACCAGAAGACAUCGAGAAAACAGCCAUAAUCACACCCUUUGGCCUGUUUGAGUUUCUAAGGAUGCCGUUCGGACUGAAAAACGCUGCGCAGACAUUCCAACGCUUCAUGGAUGAAGUAACAAGAGGCCUUGAUUUCGUGUUUGCCUACAUCGACGAUGUUCUGAUUGCAAGCUCAUCUUUAGAAGAGCACAUCCAACAUGUCCACAUCCUUUUUGAUCGUUUUAAAAAAAGUGGUGUUGUCAUCAAUCCUUCGAAAUGCAUAUUCGCAGUCCCAGCCUUAGAGUUUUUGGGACAUUACAUCGACUCACAAGGGAUCAAACCACUUCAGACGGAAGUUGAAGAUAUUACUAACUACCCCGAACCAACCUCGGUGAAGUCAUUACGACGCUUUCUCGGUACGUGUAAUUUUUAUCCCCGCUUCUUACCACGUUGUGCUGAAGUAUUACAGCCAUUAACCGAUCUACUGAAAGCCGACAAAAAAGGUACGAAGAGAGAGAAGAAUCAAACAUUCAACCUAUCUCUUGAUGCCAAAACAGCAUUUGAAAAAGCAAAGUCCUUGAUAGCCAACGCCACCAUGUUACAACACCUCAAUACUGACCCCACAACCCACUUAAUUUUGUUUACGGAUGCAUCUCAAAAGGCCGUCGUGGCAGUAUUACAACAACAGGUAAACAACAUGACUACUCCCAUAGCGUUUUUCUCCAAAAGACUGUCACCAGCCCAGGAACGCUAUAGUACUUUUGGACGGGAGUUACUAGAUAUCUACUUAGCCGUUAAACACUUUAACUUCUUACUACAAGGAAGAACUUUCACCAUCAUGACCGAUCACAAACCUUUAUGUUACGCAUUCAACACUUCGUACGACCGACACUCACCUCGCGAAGCACGACAACUGGAUUACAUCUCCCAGUUUACGACAGAUAUCCAAUUUGUCAAAGGACACACCAACGUCGUAGCUGACGCAUUGUCACGUAAGGACGUAAAUACCCUGGUACGUAAACAAGACAUCGAUCUAGAAACAAUCGCAAAACUACAAGUAGACGAUGCAGAUUUGAAGGUCUGCCAGGAGAAGUCUAACUUGAACCUUAAACCAAUACCCAUCCCUUUCUCAAAUACAUCGAUCAUUUGCGACGUUUCAACGGGUAACAACCGCCCUUUCGUCCCUCUAGCCUGUCGCCGACAAGUAUUUCGUCAACUGCAUGACCUUUCUCACCCAGGAAUCAGAGCCACAACCAAAUUGAUUACUGAGCGUUUUGUGUGGCGAAAAAUCAAUUCGGAUGUUAAACGUUGGACACGUAACUGCCUCCAGUGCCAACGCAGCAAAAUCCAAAAACACACUAUCAGCCCGAUCGGGGAAUUCCCUAUUCCCGACAAACGUUUUCAACAUAUUCAUUUGGACUUAGUUGGGCCACUGUCUCCGUCAAACUCCUUCACCCACAUUCUCACUGCGGUGGACAGGUUCACAAGAUGGGCCACAGCCUGCCCUAUAAAAGACACUUCGGCAGAAACGGUCGCUUCAGUCUUCCUCGACCGCUGGAUAUCUAACUACGGAGUACCUUACAUCGUCACUACCGACCGUGGUCCCCAGUUUCAGUCUAUUUUAUUUCAGGAAUUCACAAGACUUCUGGGCGUGAACCACAUCAAAACAACAGCCUACCACCCAGCAGCUAACGGCUUGGUCGAAAGAUUUCACCGCCAAUUGAAAAGCUCGCUGAUGGCACAAAAUGAUACGACAAAAUGGAGUGACGCAUUACCACUUGUACUCCUGGGUAUCCGUUCAACUAUAAAGGAAGAUAUAGGUUGUACAGCCGCUGAGCUAGUUUAUGGUACAACCCUUACAUUACCAGGCCAACUAGUGGACCCAAACACUUUAACACCAACGGACACAAGUCGUUUUGCUAGCCAACUGCUGCAGACCAUGUAACAGAUCAAAGCCAUACCGCCUCGUGAACAUAACAAUCGAAUACAACUCGACAGAAAUCUAGAAACAUGCAAGUUUGUCUUUGUUCGAGUAGAUGCUGUCAAAAAACCAUUGAAACAACCAUACGAAGGUCCAUAUAAAGUAAUUAAACGCACACAAAAAUACUUCAUCAUCAGCAGAGAUGGCAAAAAGCAGACUAUUUCUAUAGACAGAAUCAAACCUGCUUUCUAUGAAUCUACUCAAGUCAAAGAAGACAACGCUGUUCACAAUCAACCCCUUUCACCAGUGACUGAAAAACCAGUGGAGGAUAAAAAACUUAAUACUAAGCCUUCUUGUUUAACACGCUCCGGCAGACCUAUAAACAAACCCAAGCGUUAUGUCCAUUUCGUCGAUUAAAAAAAAAAAGAUUUUUUUUUCCUUUCCACAGUGUACAUAAUCACAUUUUUCCACAAUUAUUCGUUUUGUCACAUUUAUUUUUUUUUUUAUAAAAAAAAAUUUUUUGUUACUAUAAUUAACGAGUAAACUCUAUUUAAUUACUCAUUUAUUGUACACAAAAAUAAACAGUUCAAUUUCUUUUUGGGUCAUUAACAGUUUUGCACAUUAUUAUUAUCAUUGUUAGCCAACCAAAACAUCAAAUGACAGUCUCUUCAUUUUUUUUGUGUGUGUGUGCGUGUUUAUUAUGCUAUGCUACAUCCCUGCUACAUGUCACACUCAUCUCCACAUUUUUGUUAGCUAUAACUGUAAAUAUUAUUUUUGUAUACAUGUAUAUAUCUUAUCCUUACAUUUUUUUGUUAUUAUAACCAGUGUUACCUCCGGACACUCUGGGGGUAGCUAUGUGGAGAUAGACCUGACAAGCUUAUUUUGUAAAUAGUUUUCAAUGUUAUUUGUAUUUGUUUUGUCAAUUUUUCACUGUAUGUACAUUUAUCAUUAAAUGAAUGUACGUGUUGUUUUAGUCAAUGACCUUGAACACUCUUUCCUUUGUGAUUCCAACAUAGCGUGACAUAUUCUUUCUGGCUAACAAAUACAUUACUACUCACACAUCCCUCGUUCUAUUUUCAUUGGUGAUUGAGUUAGCUGAAUUCUAAAUCAAAUAUUAUCAUUAUUUAUAGACUGUAAUUGGAAUAUAUCACAUUCUACGUGGGAUUAUAUCACUAGAGAGUUCGCCAACCUGCUCAGAAUUAUCAAACAUUUAUAAUUGUGGAUUUACAUUACCGGACCUAAUCAGAACACGCAACGUUUGGUCAAUUUAAGACAAUUCCCUCGACAUGAAUUAAGAACACAAAAGAGUGAAACAAUCGAAGUUUUACUCACUCCAAAACACGACUAUCCUAGUCGAAAAUACUCUCAUCUAUGUGAUUAUUUGUACACUCAUUUAAUUAACAACUGGAAAAGUCAUAUAUAUUGAAUGUUUUGCGUCUGUGGCAUUUGUGCAAACUAGUGAUUCUUUUGUACUGGAUUGCCCGCUGAUUUUGAAUUCCAAAUACAAUAUUUUCGUUUGUGCUCACCUGGUUCUGUCUCGUUUAAAUUGCACUGUUUCAGAAAUUCCUAGUUAGUACAACAAUUCAAAUACUUCUUAUCAUCAAAGUGUCAUCCUGAGAAUAGUUGACGUCAAUCUACUUCAAAGAAUAUCCUAUCUUGAAUAAACAUCACACAGAAAGAAAUCAAUAUUCUAGUGAAUAAAAUAGCAUACUGAAAAUAAAACAAAUAUUAAACUGAGUGGUCACCAUAUUGAAUUAAAAGAGCAAGUAAUGCUGAACACAAACCACAAUGAGUUAAAAAUAUAAUUUUGCCCUUUUAUCCUGUCAUUUCACUCCGGAUAUUAUUUUCAUCGCUAGUUAUCUUGUAUUAUCUGUCACGACUGGUGUAUCCAUGUCCAAAAUGAAUAUGAAAUGCGAUGCAAUUAUUUAUCUCAAACUGCCGAAUCAGAACAGAUGGACGAAUAAUGACAUGGGAACUCGUUUUAUUGAAAGAUUGCUACAAGUUUAUUCACAAUUACAAUGAGGAUUGUUCGGCAAAAUUGUUGAUUACAUAUGUCCAAAUAACAACACUAACGAUGAAUAUCAUCCAUACUUCUGUGAAAUAUUCACACUAACUCUGAGCUCCAAUAACGAGCUGAAAACCGGUACACAAUAUUAUC